AUGAUGAGACGUGAAAAACGUGCUCGAAGACAUUUUAAACGUAUGCGUUUUCCACCAUUUGAUGAUGAAGAACCACCAAUAGAUUAUGUUGAUAAUAUUCUUGAUGUUGAACCAUUAGAAAAGAUUUGUUUUUCAUCUGUAAAACUUUGUACAAUACGUUGCAAUGAUCGUUUCAGUAAUAAGAAAUCUUCAAAUUUACUUAAUAAAUCAUAUUGCGCGGGUCAAAAUACUCAAAAAUACCAACUGCCGAUCAGUAGCAGUGAAGAAUAG